AGACCCCGGUUUCGGAGGUUUUUGAACUAUCCGACGUCAUUGUCGUGAGCGGGACUGGACAGCUCUUUGGGAAGUGCAGUGGUGGCCGUGGAGACGACUCUCGCCAGACCUCUGCACCUUUGUACGGUAUCGUCAUGGCUACAGACGAUGUGGCGCAGUUGGCUGACUCCUUGGCCAAGACACAGGUGGUAGUAGGAGAACUCAGCUAUAAAGGGAAAGGGCUGAAACUAGACAAUGCAGAAUCUGUUGAGGAUAUUGUCAAAGAAAUAAAGGAGUUCCAGGGGCUCCAGGCUCUUCGGCUGGAGGGAAACACGAUUGGGGUGGAAGCUGCACAGGCCAUUGCCAAAGCCUUGGAGGACAAGAGUGACUUGCAGUACUGUUACUGGAGUGACAUGUUCACGGGCCGGCUGCGUCCAGAGAUCCCUCCUGCCCUGAAUUCCCUGGGAGCAGCCAUCAUGACAUCUGGUGCCCAUCUCCGAGUCCUGGACCUGAGUGAUAAUGCCUUUGGGCCGGAUGGGGUCAAGGGUAUUGAGAAGCUGCUCAAAAGCUCUGCUUGCCACACACUUCAGGAGCUACGCCUGAACAACUGUGGCAUGGGCAUCGGUGGUGGAAAGAUCCUGGCAGCCGCCUUGACGGAGUGCCACAAGCAGUCUACUGCACAGGGCGCCCCCCUCAGGCUGAAGGUGUUCAUUGCAGGCAGGAACCGCCUUGAGAACGAUGCAGCUACAGCACUUGCCCAGGCCUUCCAGCUGAUGGGUAGUCUGGAGGAGAUCCAUAUGCCCCAGAAUGGCAUCAAUCACCCAGGCAUCACAGCCCUGGCCAAUGCCCUGCAGCACAAUCCUCAGCUCCGUGUCGUCAACCUCAAUGACAACACCUUCACCAAAAAAGGAGCUAUCGCUAUGGCACAGGCACUGAAAGAUCUGCGCAAUGUGCAAGUGAUCAACUUUGGGGACUGCCUGGUGCGCUCUGAAGGAGCUAUGGCCAUUGCUGACAUUCUUGUGGAUGGCCUGCCUAUUCUCAAGGAGCUGAACUUGUCGUUUGGCGAGAUCACUGAGGACGGUGCAUUGGUUGUGGCUCGGGCGUUGGAGCACAAGACACAUCUGGAGAAAGUCGAUCUCAAUGGAAACUCUCUGGGUGAAGAAGGUUGCAACAGUCUGAAGGAGGCGAUGGAGAGCAUGAACAUGGGAGAUCUGUUGGGAUCUCUCAGUGACGAUGAGGGAGAACCUGAGGACGACGAGGAAGAGGAUGAUGAAGACGAGGAGGAUGAGGAUGAAGGAGAGGAAGAUGCUGAAGAGGAAGAUGAUGAAGAAGAAGAGGAAGAGAACAGAGUCAACCAGAUGACCCCUCCACCGUCGGAGCCCCGUCCUCCCGAUGUCUCCUCCUUCCUGAGUUUCCCAUCUCCGGACAAGCUACUGCGAUUGGGUGCCAAGCGAGCACUGCUCAUCGAGCAGCAGGUGGAUGUGGACGAUGCCUGUAAGACAGCCGAGGCCUUCCUGAAAAUCUCCUCAGUUUACAAAGACCAGGAUGAGGAAGUGAAAACAGCGGUCCUGGACAGUGUCGACGCCGUUCUCAGGAAAGCCUUCUCCAGCUCCUCCUUCAGUACCUUCACCUUCAUCUCCUCAUUGCUCAUCAUGCUGGGACUGUUGAAGAGUGAAGAGAAGGUGAAGCCAAUGCGGGUGGUGGCAGGCCAUCUGCAGGCUAUUGAGCAUGCUGUGCAACAGGACUAUUUCCCCCAGGAACACAUCGGUGUGCUAGAUGCCUUCAUGUCACGACACACACAGGCCUGCGAGUCAUGUGCUGGAGCCCGGGACAGUCUGAAGUCCACCCUGCAGAGGAUCAGGCCAUAGUGCUCGACGUCGUUGUGCUCCAUGUCUCCCACAGACUGACUUACAUGGACCUCACCCAUAACACUCCCACACACCCAGACCCCCCCCCCCCCCCCCCUGCCCUACUCCCCGCCCUGACCCACCGCCCUCUUCCCCUACCGCCCCCCUGCCCUACCGCCUCUCCCUCUGGUACCCCAGCCACACCAUGAUGAUGAGCAGGGACAAGCAGGAUGUCCAGAAACCCAAGGCUCCUGUACCAGCAGGUCAUAUCACGGGACACUAUGCCAGACAGGACUGAUCAGAGUUCACCUUUCAACGGACUCUUUUUGUGACUGAAAACUGAGACAACAAGCAUGCAGUUAUUGGAGGCACUUUUUUUUAAAAAAAGAGAAAAAAAUACAUUGAUGGACAAAAAAAACAAAACAAUAAUUUUUAGAAAAUCAAUAGUUAUGAGAAUACUUAUGGAAUAAAGAAUAUUUAAACACUUGAUUAUGGUAAUAAGAAUAAUAAGCAAGAAGGGAUAAGCAGUGUUUUCAUUUUGCACUUACAAUUGCUCACUACAUUUGUCCAAAAAUGAAAAUGCUUGUUUACUGAUGGGUGAACCUAGAAUUAAAAAUGUCCAUUUCAGUUUGGAUAUCUAAACCUCA